AUGGCAGCACCAGCAGUUACAGGUCCUUUGAUCAAGUUGAACAAUGGAGUUCAAAUGCCAGCUCUUGGAUUUGGCACAUUUGCCAACGAGGGUAGCGUAGGAGAGACACACAAGGCUGUCGUGGCAGCACUGAACGCAGGGUACAGACAUUUGGAUUGUGCUUGGUUUUACCAGAACGAGGGAGAAGUCGGAACUGGUGUCCGAGAGUUUCUUGCUGCCAACCCAAGUGUAAAGAGAUCAGAUAUCUUCAUUGUCACCAAAGUCUGGAAUCACCUACACGACCCCAAAGACGUUGAGUGGAGUUUGAAGAACUCGUUGGAGAAGCUUCAGACACCAUAUAUUGAUGCGUUUUUGAUCCAUUGGCCAAUUGCCUCAGAGAAGAACGAGGACGGAUCAGUAAAGAUUGGCGCCGAUGGCAAGUAUGUCAUCAAGAAGGAUUUGACAGAGAACCCAGAGCCAACAUGGAGAGCAUUGGAGAAAUUAAACAGGGAAGGACUCGCAAAAGCCAUUGGAGUCUCGAAUUGGACAGAGGCAGGACUCGAGCAACUUUUGUCAUUUGCUGAGAUCAAGCCUACCAUCAACCAAAUCGAAAUCCAUCCUUUCCUCCCACAACAAAAGCUCAUCGACUACUGUAUCUCCAAAGAUGUUGUCCCCGUCGCCUAUUCUCCUUUAGGAAGCCAAGACCAAGUUCCCGGCACCGGCGAAAAGGUAUCUACCAACAAAGACCUCAUCGCCAUCGCAGAGAAGAACGGAUCUUCCUUGGCACAGGUUUUGAUCGCAUGGGGAUUGAAGAGAGGAUAUUCUGUUUUACCUAAGAGCAGUAAUCCAGGAAGAAUCGCAGAUAAUGCCAAAUUGAUCACUCUCAGCGAAGAGGAUUUUGCAGCGGUCAACAAGGUCGCGGAGGGAAGAGCGACUAGAUUCGUCAACAUGAAGGAUACCUUUGGUUACAAUGUUUGGCCAGAAACUAAGUAA